AUGUCGCCUCGACCGAUAGCACCCUCCAUACGAGGCAAGGACGGCGACAGGGACAGGGACAGGGAUAGAGAUCACCACGACUACGGGUCCUCGUCCGACGAAUCGUCCUCAUCCCCUGCGGCUCCCAGUCACGGCGGCCGUUCCGGUGCUGGUCGUGCAGCUCGCUCCGGACCCGGCGCGCCUUCGAGCUCGAUCGAGGGCUCGGCGGGCCCAGCGCCACAAACGGGCCUCGCACGCAGGCAGAGCACCAGCGACUCCACGGGCGAAGUGUUUUCCAGAAAGCCGAAACGAACCUACCGUGCCUGUGAGUACCCGCGGUCAGAUUCCUGUACCGGAGCACCUGUGACUGACCGGGACCGUCGGACCCGCCCCCACCCCGCGUUUGCUUGCCUCUGGUCUACGCAAAUCUCGCGAUCUUCUCCGCUCGACGCCGAACCUGCACACCUCGUUCUCUGAUGGUGUCGUCAACGCUCAGGUCUUCCCUGUCGAUCAGUUAGUUCAUGAGCUACCAAUGGAUCGUCGCGGCAUGUGUUGGACUUGCGACCAGCAGCCAACAAUGGCGAGAGCAGGCACUCGGCGACAUCGCCGUGAGCCAGUGGCAGCACUGGGAAUGGAACGGAGACAGACCGUUCCAGGUCAGGCUCGCGACUUGGCGGCAUCCACGACGUACUGGAUCAUACAAUAUGCCCAUCACGUUCCUCCGCGCCGUUGUGAUGACUGCAUCGACCAGCGGCUGCUCGAGCACGCGCACGGUCAGGGCGCGUUUCCCCAGUUUUUGGGAUCGAUGUCAGCUGACUUUCCCCAUUUUUCGUACCCCCUGGGCGCUCGCCCCUCACUGCCCCUUCACCAGCGCAAACUCAAAUGCGACCUCGGAGAUCCCGAUGCACCGUCAGAGGGGCCCUGUCGCAGAUGCAGAAGGGAAUCGCGUGACUGCAUAUUCAACCCGAGACCCGCUCGCAACUUCGAACUGCUUCCCAGUCGAGGCGGAGGGCAGUCGGCACCGACUUCGGGCUCGGUCACGCCCGCCGAUCCGACCGCGUCGAAUCUGCCGAUACCACAGCACACGCAGCAGCAACCACCAUCCCACUUGUCACAUGUGAAAAUUCACCAUCACUCGCAGCCAGCAUUACCACCAAUCUCAUCUGGCCCACAUGAUGCGGGCUCCGCAGCUUCGACCUCGGCGCACGUCCAGGUCGACGUCGCCAACCCGUAUGGCUUCCCCUUAUUGGGGAUGGCCCCUGGAUCAAUCCCAGCUUGGGCUGCUACGCCAAGCAUGUACUCUCCACAUCAUGCUGCAGCAGCUCUGUUGGCAGGGACGAGGCUACCUUCGCCGAGUGCGCUCGUACGGGGAACGGGGGUACCGCAGUUUUUCAUCCCGUCGCCGCUUUCGUUGCCGACACGUCAACUUCAUCCGACACCAACGAACCCGCCCGCCAUGAACGCACCGACCUAUAUUCGACCUGCGUUACCUUUCGGAGCGAGCGGAUCGAGCGAACAGAACCCACAUGGAUCGAAGCGACGCAAGGCCGAGGACUAUGAACCCCCACCAAUCGACGAAGGAGACGAAGAAGACGAACUUGACGACCUUGAAGGGGAAGAGGGCAGGGAGGACGGGAUACAUGGUGGACCGGUCGAGGAUGUGACGCUCGAAGAAGCUGUCGAACGAGCUCGGGGGGACGGGUCUCGAGCGAGCAGUCGGAACCGGACGGGCAACAGUCGAGUCUUGCUCGCUUCGACAUUGCACAACCCGUCCGACGCGCUGAGGCUACUGGCUACGGCCUCGAGUCUGAGAUCGACUGUUUCGGGAGAUGGAUCGCCUAGUCACCAGAAUGGUCUCAUUCCUUCGCCUGACGUGGAAGUUGGAGGAACGACGACGCCUCAAGGUGGGGCCGUUCUGCACCGGAGAGAAAGCCAUCAGUCUGGGAGGAUGUCACCUCCUCGGGUCGCCAAGCUCGGAGGGUGGUCCAAUUGGGCUCCCAUCGCCGAGGGUCUACUUACGCAACCUGAAGCCGAGGUCUUGUUCUCCUUGUGAGUGGUCCAACAUGGCUCGUACUCCAUAUCAGCGCUUCUGCAGCUGACAUUCCCUCUAUCUACUCAGUUUUGAAGCCGAGAUGGCCCCUUUAUAUCCCUUACUAUCGCCAAAUAUUUUCCACCUGUCGCAUCUCGCCAUCUUGACUUCGACCGAAUCGCUACUGCUCUGCGCCGUCAUCACCAUCGCCGCUCGAUACUCUGCGAUUCUGCUCCCCGAUCGAGCCGCGCAGAUCCAUGCUCUGUGCGCAGCGUGGAUCCGACAAGAGUUGAUCUAUCUUCUCGAUGGAACGUCAUCGCUUCGACACAUCUCAAGCGUCGAAGCCUUGCUCCUUCUGACUGAAUGGCCGUCAUCGCCCUUGAUCCAUCGCACCGAUGCAGCUUUGGCAUGCCAGGAAGCCGAUGAGGAUCAAGACGAAGGUGAACGCGAGACGUCGAAGGCUCUCAAGACGAGCAAUCAAUACGACUCGAUGUCAUGGACCUAUCUCGGACUCGCCGUUCGACUAGCGCAAGAGCUAGGGAUGCACAACACGGCCUUGUACGGCUUGGAUGCGCGCGACGGUGAUGGCCCUUCUUGGGAAUCGGAGAGGAUUCUCCGCGCUUGGAUCUAUUGCUACAAUGCCGAUCGACACGUCUCGGUUCGCUUGGGGAGGAACGCCGUCGUCCAAUCGUACAUGUCGAGCGCGUGGUGGGAAAAGGUUACCCAGCGAGCCAGUUUGGAUGUGCAGAAGCGUGGAUUGAACGAAUUGUGGGCCGAGCGGACGUUGCCGCAGGGUCUAUUAGCGGCUUUGAUGGGCACCAUCCAGGAAAGACUGUACCCCAACAAGGAGAUCACGAGGAGUCUGCUUAGGACGGGCCAUUGGGAGAGCUUCAUCAGGAGCUUGGACCACGAAUUGAGGAGCAUGGCCACCAAGACCAAAGGCGUUUUGAGUGAGUGAGACUUGUUCAGACUGAUCAUGUAAACUCCCGCUGACGGUCUCGCAACUCUCCACCCCAGAGCAAGGCAAUGUCGAAUCGACCCUUUUGAGGAUAGAGAUUGAUUACAUCCGCCUCUACGGCAAUGCCAUUGCGCUUCGAGCUCUGCAGGAACGUCUUCGAAGACGAGUCAAGGUAGGUAGCCACAGCACAAACUCGCUUCUCACUAUAGACUAACUGUUUACCGUGACAAAACGCAGGCGAAUGAUCUGCUCUUUGUGUCGCCUUCGCUCCUCAACCUACAAGAAGGACCCUGGAUUAUCGAUGCUCUCGCUGCGGCGCAAGCGAUCCUCCAACAGACCGUCAUCUUCCUUGAACCCAAAGGCUACCUCAGACUAUGCCCUUCCCGUAUAUUCCAGCGUAUCAUGUUCGCCGCGACAUUCUUGUUCAAGGCAUUGGCUGUUGGUGUCGUCGAGCACGGCCAAUCCAAGACCAUCGGCUUGCUGGAGCAAGGCAUCGCCGCACUGCGGCACGCCUCUGUCGACGCCGAGCACAUCUCUAGGGGUUUUUCGGUACUCCUAACCCGGCUGCAAGCGCAAUGCGUACCCGCUCUGCUGGCAGAAGAAGGUCUUGUCGACCCUACGCAGCCGUCGUAUCCACCUUCACCUCGGGGACCCGCCAUCGUCGAUGACGCGACCGUACAAGCGACUAUGCACGGUCUCCACGGCGACAACGAUUCAGUCUUGGGCGAAGUGCCCAUCGAUCCUGCGACCGCGGACGACCCGACCUCGGCGAUGAAAGGUGCUACCCCUUCGGGCGGUACAGCAGGUGACAGCAUGUCCGUCUUUGGCGAAACGAUCAACAUGCAUGGUCCUCCCGACACGCGACAUCAUCAUCAUGCGCAGAACUCGUCAAACCCUCAUCCUCCGCACCAAGGUAACGGGACGGAUCCGAACCCGGCCAUUUCAACGAGCGCGUCCGAAUUCGGUCUGCUCGCGUUCGAUUUACCUUGGCAGUGGGAUCCGACGCUCAAUACGGUUGAUGUAGGGAAGGAACAAGAUAUGUUGUUCGCUUCGAUCUUUGCGAUGAACCAAGGCGGUAACGAGGCGGCGAAUCAUGGUGAUCAAUUAGGGUUGUUCGGGACCCUGGUCGGCGACGAUGCGUUUUAG